CUCGGGUUAGGGGGUCAAAAAACCAAAACUUAACAUCUCUUAGCAUCAGAAACCAAACUGCUAUGCGAAAUUAGAACCUAUUUAGAAGUUCUCCUCUUCCGCAAACUCUUUAUAGGAAAACAGUUAAAACCCUAAUCCUCAUCGUAGCAAUGGCAAGGUUGUUGCCAACGGCCACUUGCUUCCCGUCACGCCUUUCAAGUUGCCGGAGCCGAGCUUCUUCCAGCUCAACGUUUACGGGCGCACCCCUAUUCACCUCAGUAAGGCUUUGUCGGAUGCCUAGGAGGAACCAGGGAAUGACCUGUAUGGCCACGUCUGCUGCAGGAAGCCCGCAAUUGGAUGGUGAUGAAAAUCCAUAUGAGGUGACCAUGCAUGUUCUUGGCGUGAAUCCAAUAGAAGGGUUUGAUAUGAUGAAGGCAGCAUAUACAAGGAGGAGGAAGGAUGCUGAGAAAAGAGGUGAUGAAGCAUAUUUGGCCAAAUUAGAGAAGGCAUAUGAUAAAAUCAUGAUGUCACAGCUUACAAGUCGGAAGAAAGGUCUCACAUUUGGUCAAUUCCAGGUCUCGAAGGAUAUCAAGUAUGCUGACAAACAGCCAAUUGUACCAUGGGGGCCCAGGUAUUCAAAAUCCAGCGUAAAAGAUAUGCGGAUCAAUAUGGCUAUUUCGGCAGUCUUUGCAAUAUGGAUUUUUGUCAACCGUAAUGCUGAAUGGAGGCCUCUGCAAUUUCUAGCUUUCAUAUUUUUUUACCGUAUCUUUGAGAAGUUGAAAGCUUCUGAGCCAGUAGUAUCUUCUACAUUAAAUGAGUAUGGUGAGGAUGAAGGUAGGGGAUUACGUAUGGGAAAGCGUAUGCUUCGCUCUCUUUCACUUGUUUUUGGAUGUAUCGCUAUUUCUUCGUUGGGGUACACAGGAAUCCUAAAUUUGAUUGAGUUUCUUGGACAUUGCAUUCCUGUGUUUUUGUACAACAAUCAGGAACUAAUUGUUACUACGGCAACAUCAAUUAUGCUCUACAUCAUGGCUUCCUACUACAAAUAAAAACAUCUGAAUCAUGACCUGAUGAUCCAUCCAACUUUUUAAUGAAGUGAAAUGGCUGCAUAUAUCAAUCAACCUCUCUGGAUUCCAUAUCAGUGGGAUUUCCAUGCACUUCUCCUCUGUUAUGAAGAUUGCGAGCUCUCCUUGCUGAAGAAACAAAGUUAUUUUUAUUGAGAGUUGCAUGUGAGAGAAUCACACUCAUCCUAAGUGGUGGUUCUGUAUCAUCUGUGUACUACAACAUCACAGAUUCUGAGUUGCAGAGUGAAAUUUUGACUGGAAUAUCUUGUUUUUUUCAUCUUCUUUCUGUAAAUUUUGACGGUUUUGUUGAUUCAUUAGUUGUGGAA